AAUGUAUCUUUAUGUAAAUCCAGAACUUUAGACAUGUAAACAACUAUCGACGAGGUUUGAAAUAAAUAAUAGACAUGUUACCACUUUCGUAUAUUUAAAUAUUUCAUGAUAUAGUGACUUUGUAGUCUUACUCAAUUAUUUGUUCGUAUGUUUUUGUCUUUUUACAUUUACGAAUAGACAUGUUUUACCACUUUCUUACUAAAAUGAUUUUUUUUUUUUAAAGAACUGAUGAAUGAUGACAUCAUUGAAACAUAUAAAGCAUAGGGUGUCAUGUGUGAUUCGGAUGAAUUGGAGAAGGGGCAAGGUACUUGGUUACUAGGACCAUCACCGGAAGUAACGUGUCAGUUCACAGGCCACGGUUUACUCUGCACCCGACAACAACGAGAACCACAACGGAGCUAUCUCCAUUUAUGACGUCUACAACCAACUAUAUAUAACUUCAUAUUCAUUUUUUGUUACAUUAUUAUACAAUUUGAAUUAUAGGAUUGUUAUUAUUCUUCGAUAUAAGACAAAGCCUGUCGAAUGUUGUAUGCCCAUCAAUGGCAUGUCACACCAAUCUUUAUAUGAGAAUAUUUUGUAAUGAUUCGAAACUAUUGAAAAUUUUGAUAAAUGAGAAUUCACACAUCAUUCAUGAAUAGUUAAAUACAUUAAACUUUCCUGUAUAAGUCCAUUCACCAUACACAAUAGUAUUAGACAUAAUGAUUUUUUGUGCUAAACAUAAUGAUUUGGACAACAAUGAUUUAAUUCAUCUGCUUUGGCACAAUGACUCCAAGUUCUUGAAUAAGAAGUAGAAAAAGAAAAUUAAUUGGGAUGAAUGUUCCUUUAUAAGAACUUAAGAAGCAACCAAGGCACCUAUCUUCUAACUAUAUGAGGUGUUUUUGUAUAUGUUAAUGUUGGAUUAAUGGCAACUAUAAUGGUUGUGGUUUGUUGAUAAAUAUCUUUAACUUCUUCUUUUUUUUUAUCUAGUGAUCUCUUUCGUUUAUGAAAAUAUUCAGAUUAAUUUCAAAGAAAAAGUGUAGUCCAAGGAUGAAUUAUUUUUCUGGAUAUUUAGAGAAAACCUAAAACAUGGUUUCAUAUCCGUAUAAACACACAUAUUUUGUUUCGUGUGGUUAUUUCAAAUCUAAAUAUCUUUGAAGUCCGCUUACCACUAAACCACCAUCAUGUGGUUAUUCUUAACUCUUUUUAUACUGCAAUUAUAGAUAUAUGUGAUUUAAGUGAUGGGAAUAUACUUUGGUACAUGAAAUUUUACACAAAGUGCUUUGUAGUUGGUUGUUUGCAUAUAGCAUGCGUGAUUUAAGUUCCAAAUGGUGUUUGAUGCAUACAAAAAGCCUAUAAAGCGUCACAGAACUGGUGGUAUGUGUCAAAUAAUUUGAGUUGUCGAGCGUCAAUUUUUCAACUUCCUCACUAGUAUAGAUGUACACAGUUUGAAAACUUUUUUUUUUUUUGAGCACAAGAAAACUUCUUUUAGAUCUUUAAAUGAUUAGAGAGGCUGUAUGUAGACUAAAGAUUUUGAUAUAUAACAUAAAGGAGGAGUAUAUGAUAAGUGUACUAAACACUUUUUUACUGUAUGAAAGAUUGAAGUCAAAAAGGGGAGGAGUCAAAACAAAAUGAGGCUCUUUGUGAUUUACCCCACAUCGAAAAUGAAACAACAACAAUAACACACACUUUGUCUCCUGAUUCCUUUCUUUUGUCAUUUUCUCGUGUUUCUCCCAAAGUAUUCAACAAAAACACAAAUCCUAGUUAUUCUUUAGUAAUAAACAAAAGUAAGUAUAUCUCAAAAGCCAGGUUAAUAAUACUGCAAGCUAUCAAAUAAACUGUAAGAUUAAUGGUAGUAUUCAGAAGAGUGGUAUUAGUGAGGGUAAUGGAAGAAACAAUAAAGAUCAUGACAAUGAUUAAGUAGAGUUGAAAAUAUCAUACAAAACAAAACCAAAAUAUUUAUUAUUUUCCUCUUUAGUGUAUAGAGUACUAAUUUUCUAUUCGGAGCUAAAAUCAAUCCCAAGUCGAAUCACUUGACACCUAUAAUGAACUAAAAAGUAAAAGACAAAUCUACACACAAAACAAAAACUAUUACAUUUCUCUCUUUUUCUCCUUUAUUUUCCAAAACCUUCUACAAAGAUGAGAUGGUGGGUCAAGUUACUGUCGAAUCUCUGUCAAAUGUAUUAUCUAUCUUCUCUCUCACACCAACACACUCACAACGACAAGAGAGAGAGAGAGAGAGAGAUAUAGAAAAGAGUAAAGAGAUAGAGAGAGUCACCAAAUAGACCAAACCCUGAAGUUAAAUUCACACCAGCUACUUUGAUCAUUAACCACAUCCAUAAACACACACACACACACACCCUCUCUCUCUCUUUCCUUAAACUUCAGCUUCUUUCAAUGGCGAAACCAAACACACAUGACUUUGCCUCCAAGAGACACAACAGUUUCCACUGGACAACCAAAGUCGGAUCAGACGAAAACGACGACGUUUCUUCCCGUAACCCUCUCCCCGACAACACUAAACCCGUUCCCAAACACAACCCUUCCUCUUCCAAAAGAAAGCUCCAGACUUUCGCCGUCUCUCGUCUCCGUUCAGUCAUCUCCUCUCUCAGCAGAGCCCGACCCGGUAACAACAACUCCGGACUCGGGUCCCGGGUCGUGGGCACCCUCUUCGGAUCACGCCGCGGACACGUGCAUUUCUCCGUCCAGAAAGACCCGACUUCCCCGCCGGCGUUUCUCAUCGAGCUCGCUACUCCGAUCAGUGGACUCGUCAAGGAGAUGGCUUCGGGACUCGUGAGGAUCGCUCUGGAGUGCGACAAGGCCAAAGAGGAAGCUAAAGAAGACGGUGACCGCCGUCCACGGCGGUUGGUGGAGGAGCCUGUGUGGAGGACUUACUGCAACGGGAAGAAGUGCGGGUUCGCGGCGAGGAGGGAGUGUGGUGAGAAGGAGAAGAAAGUUCUGAAGGCGCUCGAGAUGGUCUCCAUGGGCGCCGGAGUUUUACCGGAGACGGAGGAGACGUCCGGCGGUGGCGGUGGAGGAGAGAUAAUGUAUAUGAGGGCGAAGUUCGAGAGAAUCGUGGGGUCGCGUGACUCUGAAGCUUUCUACAUGAUGAAUCCUGAUAGCAAUGGAGCGCCGGAGCUCAGUAUCUAUCUGCUCAGAAUCUGACGAAGAAGAUGAUCAUACCAAAGCCUCUAGUCCAGGAAGAGGUUUAUCGGUUAAGGAAGAUUGUCCGGUUUAGUUACUUUAAACUGUCGGUUAAGUGAGAAUUAAAGUAGUGAUGUCUAUUAAUGCAAUUCGGUUUAGAUGACAAUGUGAUCGAUGGAUGGAUGAUGUGUUAAGAGCAAGUUUGUUUUCUUUUGGGGAGGUGGGUUUAGGAGGCUUUAAAAUUUGGUAUAUGGAAUAUGUAAAUGUAUAAAUUUCACUUUUUUUUAAAAUGUGUAAUCUUUUUGUUGUUUCUAAAAUGUUUUUAAGUUAUCAUGGAGGCACCCAGGCUGUAGAAUCAUAAUGAUUAAAGUCUUGAUUUGUUUCA